AGACUCACUGGAUUGCAGUCAAGAUGCUUACCGGUUUCCUCUUUCUGCUCUUCCUCACAGAUGGGGUGUACCCAGAGCGUAACUGCAGUUAUCAGGAUGUUUUAAACCACCUGAACCUGACCAAAAACAAUGAGCUGUACUCCAUGUCCCGGCCCGUAAAAAACUACAAACAACCCACACAGGUGUCCCUGGAACUCCUGCUCUACGCCAUUCUGGAUGUGGUUGAGAAAGACCAGAAAUUCAUUCCUUACGUUUGGACUGUCAUGAGGUGGCAGAAUGAAUACAUUUCCUGGGAUCCAAAUGAGUUUUGUGGAAUUGAUAAUGUCUCCCUUCCUACAGAAGUUUUGUGGAAGCCAGAUCUCACUAUUGAAGAAAUGACAGAGAAAGACAAAGCCCCUCCCAGUCCUUAUCUCACCAUCAAUAAUAAAGGUGAUGUUGAAGUCCAGAACGACCAGGUGCUGGUCAGCACCUGCAGGAUGCAAAUUUACAAUUUCCCCUUUGACAUUCAGAGCUGCAACCUCUCCUUCAAGUCUAUCAUACACACAGCAAAGGACAUUCGGCUCCAGCCAAGUGACAACUCUUCGGAGGCCACAGAGUGGUCUCGUGAGGUGAUGCGGACCCAGUACGAAUGGCUGUUCAUCGACAUGAUAGUUACAGCUAACAAUGUCAGCGAUAUCAACAACCAAGACGUCGUCGUUUACACUAUCACUAUGAAGAGGCGGUCUGUGCUCUACAUUGUCAACUUCCUGGUACCCAUCAUGUUCUUCUUAUGUCUGGACCUGGCCUCCUUCCUGAUCUCGGACAGCGGGGGGGAGAAGCUCAGCUUUAAGGUCACCGUGCUGCUUGCUGUCACUGUGUUACAACUCAUUCUGAAUGAAAUUCUGCCUUCCUCGUCAAACAAGAUUCCUCUUAUAGCACUCUACUGCAUUGGGAUUUUUGCUCUAAUGCUGCUGAGCCUCUUGGAGACAAUUGUGGUGAUGUAUCUAAUGGAGAAAGACUCUGCAUGCCAAGACAAUGGAGCAGACAAUGACCAAAACUUGAGUGAGGACUGUAACAAAAAGGGCAAAGUCAGCUUGCACAACCAUGAUGGAGAGAUGAAGAAAUGGACUCACUGUGCUUGUGUUUGUGAUGUGUCUGCUGAGGAACCUCCAUCUGAACUGCUGUCGAUGGCUAGAGAGGGCAACAGCAGCCAACUGACGGAUGAGUCCAAUGCCUUGGAGAAGGUCUCAGAUGAGCUAAGGGAGGUGGAGAAAACACUGCUCCUGAUCCUCAACAACAAGAAUGAAGACGGGAAACCCGGCUACUGGACCAGAAUGGUUAAAACCAUCAACAAAUUUUUCUUCAUUUUCUAUGUCACAGUGGCCAGUCUGUUUUUACUUGUUAUCUUUUUAAUGUGGAAUCUUGCACAAGACGAGUAGUGGCAAAGUGUGAAAACAGGAUUAAGACGAUACUUAUCUAAUUCAAAUACUCUGCAUUAGCAUUUGACAUCUGGUUGUAUUAUACAGUUC